AUGGCAGUGUGCCUCAAUUCGAAGAAAGUGAAGGCGUUCGCCCGGGUCAAGCCCACGGCCGACUUCCCUCAAGACGUCCUCAAAUUUGGGGCCGACAACAAGACCAUCGAGGUUCACAUCGAGCGGGAUCUUUCGAAAGGCAUCGUCAACAACAAGCAGACGGACUGGUCUUUUAAGCUGGACGGUGUCUUCCACAAUGCGCCCCAGGACGUGGUUUACGACGCGGUCGCCAAAGAGCUCGUCUCGCAGGCCCUGAACGGCUACAACGGGACCAUCAUGUGCUACGGGCAAACCGGAGCCGGCAAGACCUUCACCAUGAUGGGAACCACUGGGAACUUCAAGCACAGGGGGAUCAUCCCUCGAGCUAUCCAGCAGGUGUUCAAGUCCAUGGAGGAGCACAGCAGCCGGCUUAUCACCGUCCGGAUUUCCUACCUGGAGAUUUACAAUGAGACCAUCGUGGACCUCCUCCCCUCGCUCCCUCCCGGCUCGGACGUGGACCUCCCCUUGUCCAUAGUGGAGAGUCCCCAGGGGGUCUCCGUCAAAGGCCUCUCCAUCCACCCUGCUCCCAACGAGGAAAUUGCCUUAAAUUUCCUGUUUGAGGGUGACACCAACAGAUCUGUGGGCCAACAUGCUCUGAAUAAGCAUUCUUCCAGGUCACACUGCAUCUUCACCAUCUACAUCGAGUGCCACUCGAGAAUGCUUUCCGAGGCCAGAUACGUCGUCUCUAAGAUUAACCUGGUUGAUCUGGCGGGCUCUGAGAGGCUGUCAAAGAGCAAGUCGGAAGGCUUUGGGCUGAAGGAAGCAACUUACAUCAACAAGUCGCUGUCGUUCUUGGAGCAGGUGGUCAUCGCCUUGUCGGACUGCAGCCGGGAUCACGUCCCCUUUCGGCAGAGCAAGCUGACUUACACCCUGAAGGAUUCCUUAGGUGGGAACUGCAACACUGUCCUUGUGGCUAACGUCUGCAGUGAGUCCAUUCACAUCGUGGAAACGCUGUCCACACUUCGCUUUGCCACCAGAAUGAAGUGGGUGACUACCGUGCCGUUUGUCAACGAAAAAAUCGACUCGGAGCGGAUGGUGAAGAACUUGGAGAAAGAGGUCCUCUACCUGAAGGAAGAGUUGGCGAUGCACAACAGUUUGCUCAAUCGCCCGACGGUGACCUACGAGCCCAUGAACGAAAUUCAGAUCGCGGAAAUCAACUCUCAAGUCCGCCGGUUUCUGGAGGGCACCAUUGAUGAGCUCGACAUCAUGAGCAUCCGUCAAAUCCAAGAGGUUUUUAACCAGUUCAAAAUCAUCUUAAGCCAACAAGAUCAGGAAGUGGAAGCCAGAUUGCGGAGCAAGUACGCCCUUAUAGACAAGAACGACUUUGCGACGCUCUCGGCCGUCCAGAAGGCAGGCAUAGUGGACGCUGAGGGGCAUCUGGUGGGAGAAAUGGACGGACAAGGGUUCGGCAUCGGCACGGCCCCCUUCUCCUCCAAGCCUGGCAAGAAAAUGAAAGCCAAGAAAGGGAAAGAACAGACAAGCCCCACAGCUCGCAAGGAGGGCCUGGGGAGCCCUCUUUCCGGGAAGGACCUGGAGACCCUCUCGGGGUCUCGUAGCCAAGUGGUGGCCACCACUAGAGAGCUGGACGGAAAAGACGCCUUGCUCCGCGACCAGGAGGCCUCCAGCCUUGACACGCAUCGCUCUGAGUCGGCGCCAAGAGACGAUAGCAGCAUCAGGCCCAGCUCCCCGCCGGCCAGGACGUCGGCCUUUGAGGACUUCAAGAGCGAGCGCGGCAGCGAGAUUAACCGCAUCUUCAAGGAGAACAAGACCAUCUUGAACGACCGCAGGAGGAGGCUGGGCGAGGUGGUCCAGAGGAUCAACCUGGUCAAGCAGGAGAUGGACGCCGCCCGCCAGGCCCUCGAGAUCCAGAAACUGGAGCGGGAGCAACAGGGCGAGUACCUGAACGAGGAAGGGCAGAUCAUCAUUGACGAAGAGGAGUUCCUCCUCAUGGUGAAGCUGAAGGAGCUCAAGAAGCAUUACCGGGACGACUUCGGCCAGCUGCGAGAUCUCCGCUCCGAGGUCCAGUACUGCCAAAACCUGGUGGAUCAGUGUCGCAAUCGGCUACUCACAGGUAGGGCUGGGCGCUGGGACCGGAAGCCCCACGUUGCCUGCGGGAAUGGGUGGGCACUUUGAGGGUGCCUGCCCCUCUCUCCCCCCCCCCAACAGGAUGAAGACGAGCAAGAGAGAUUUGACCGGAUGCAACAGGAAGUGCUGCCUUUCUGCCCAGCUUCCGUUUCCUUCUAUAACGCCAAAGCAAAGGUGGACCGCAAGCACAAGUAUUCCCGGGCCAUGACCGCCUUCGAGCAAAUGAGGAAGAAGCCGGGAUCCGUUCAAGCCGCGGUGAAGAACAAGCCUCCAUCCGUCCUGGACAUCGUGUAGCCGAAGC